CGCAUCCUCUCUUGUCUCUCGCAUUCAAUUUCCAGUGUCCACAGCUGACUGACACCUUAACCCAAAACCAAGCAGACAAAAAUACUGGCCAACACCGAAGGAUGAGUCCCAAUGCUGAUAGUAAUACCAGAGCCCAGCCGACAUACUUGAUUGGAACGAUCGGUAUGUUGAUGAGCGACGAGCCAAACUCGUGUGUUGAGAUUCACUUGGAGAAACGAUUGAUCCAAGGAGAAGAUGAAAAGGAAGGUUGGAGGAAGCACCGACAAUGGACCGUGGCCGAUAUACAGGGUGCGGCUCGCUUGAACCAGCAGCCAGUCCAUCUAAUCAUCAGAUUCCGCGGAACUUGGUCACAGGAAAUCGCCCAAGACCUCAAGAGGAGUCUGGAGGCAAAGCUCUAUGUGGACACUUAG